AUGUUUGCAGCAGGGACUCAUUCGUCUCAGGAGGUCGGUGCAAAAGAUAGCAGUAACGUGGAGGCUGAUAAUGAUUGGUUGAGUAUAGGCAAGAGUUUCUCCAGUACAAAACACGACGAAAAAGCGAAAGAGAAAGAAGCAAUCGAACCAUUUGAAUCGAAAAUACUGAAAGUAUACAAACAUCGACAUGAUAAACAUGAUUAUAAGAAAGAGAAGAAAAGACAUACGCAGAAGAAACGACAGAGGGACAAAUCAAUAGCUGUGGAAUCGAAAGAGACUCGAGAUCUCUUGAAACACGAGAACAAGAGCAGGAACAAGAGCAAGAACAACAAUAAAAGAAAGAAACGACGCAGGUCUUGGAGCUCAAGUGAUAGCAGUGAUCCAGAAGAGACUCACUAUUCUAGCCACCACUCUCGAAAACGCACCCGCGGCAAGUCACGCUCUCGAUCUCGGUCUCGAAGCUAUAAGCAAGACAACCAGGUGAUAACUCGGUCUGUAAACGAUGUUAUGGUUCAUGGGCAAGGUACUGCGAAGCAGGAAGACAACUGUUUGUUUGAAUAUGACCGCGCGGGCGAUCCCAACAAUCGAUUUUUCGGAUCGACGUAUGCUCAUGAUCAGCCGCGCUACCAGUUGGAUACACAACGAAAUAUGCUUACAGGUGCACGUGUUAUCCCAACCCGACCGAGAUAUAUCAGCACUAUAUUCUCGGAAGAAAGGCAGGAUUCUGGUCGAUAUUUCUCGCUGCAGGCGCGGAAGAUGGAGAGAGACGCUCGACAGAAGCGUCUGUAUCUUGCUUACUCGGAAAAACGACUGACACGCGCAGCAACUGAAAACAAAAUGAGUCACAGCAACCAAGUGGGCCAGGCUGCUACGGUCACGAGUCGACCACACGAAACGGCAUUCAUCCCACUUGAUCCAGUGCUUGACAUCAACGUACUUGAGGGAAAUGAUACUGGUCUAGAUACGAUGUUUGGCGAUUCUUCUCUGCUGACUGACGGACAAAGCGUUGAACAGCAUUUGGUAGAAUGCAGUAAAAAGCUUAAUGCUGCUGUAGCCGCGAGUCCACAUGUCAUUAACCAUUGGCUGAAUCUGAUAGCCUUUCAGGAGCAGACAAUUCGCCUUCACCCAAAAUCAAAAAAAAUGAGUUCCGCUAUAAAAGCAAGUAUUGUGGAAAAACAAGUGGCGAUUCUAGCACGAGCGCUUACCAGUAACCCUCAAUCACGAGAGCUACAUCGCGUAAAGCUGAACAUCUUGCUGCAAUCUCAAGCAAACGGUGAAAACAGUGACGUCGACUCAUUUCAGCGGCAGUUAGAGAGUUUACUCUCUGAAGAUCUGGCAAACAGCGAGCUGUGGCUCAAGCUACUUCAAAGUCGACAGCAACACUUUGGUGCCUUCUCGAUGCAGUCUGUGCGCGAUUUGUACGCACGUAUACUGACAGUUUUGAGAGCACAGAAAGCAAAUGAUGCUAAAGAAAAAGCUGAGACGGCUCCUACAGCUUCGUCAAGGGGAAAGACCGAAGCAAUGCUUUGUGCCGACCAAGUGGGGGAGUUGUCAAUCGUACUUCUUGACUUCCACUUCCUGAUGUGCGUAUUUGAGAAAAAAGCGGGUUAUAUCGAACGCUCAAUCGCGCAACUCCAAGCUUUACUAGAUUUCAGUAUGAUAGUAGAUAGCAAUGAUAGCAGAGAACCUCAUUUGGAGAUGCUGCGAAAGUUUGGCUCGCGGUGGAAUGAUGAUGCUGCACUGAGACUUGGUGACCAGCGCAGAGAUGUAACUGACCUGAGCGCUGGAAUAUUGGGAGUAGACCCUCCUGAGGUUUCUGUCGCAGAGUUUCGAGACUACAUUGAGCAAAAAUGUGCGGCCAUUGUCGAUCAAGUAAACCCUCCUAUAGUAUUGCGAUCGAAAGAACACAAGCGGAGCCUGCUGUCUUCAUCAGCGGUAUACCAACGGCUGUCACAGACAAAAAAAACGUUACAAAUUGUGGGUGGAACAAAGGCGACAAACGAGGCCGACUUAAGCACAGCUAACUCAGCAGCGAGUGAUGAUUCGGAAGUGGAACCUAAACGAAGCAGCACGCUUGUUUACAGUAACUUGCAUGGAUACCGCAUUAGCGUUGACGAGGCUGACGAUACGAGGGAAUACGAGCGAAUCCUGAGCGAAUUACGUGGUACAGAAAAUUCUCGUACUCGACAAAUCCGUUUACUGGAAAAAGAGAAGAUGAAAUAUGGUCUGCUUGCAACGACAAAAAUGCAAGUAGAAGAUCAACGUGCAAAUUAUGAUCCGGUCGCGGAAGAUGACCGCUUUGUGCAAUGGCUUAGGCGCGAAGAAGUACAGACACAGGUACAAUGGGCCCCGCUUCAGUGUAGUAACCCUCUUCACCAAGGCCUUAUUGAGCAGCAACCUGAUCGUGCGACGCUAACCGAAGAAAUUCAGCCUUUUUUGUUUCCUGUUCCGGUGGCCUACCGAUGGAGACUUGUUGCUGAGCUACUGCAUAUCUGUGGCGUAGAUUGGAAUGGUGAAUAUUCAUGGAAGACUACUGUCCCAGCUUCCGUUUCUAUGUAUGCAGACAGCCAUACGGACUAUGAGCUACUUGUCACGCCAAUUCAAUCGAUGCUAAACCCUCAAGCAAACUGCCCCCGAAAACAUGCGUUAUUGCUUGAUCCGUCCGGCCGAAAGAUGCUGCUCGAAAAUGCCCUUCUUGGUGAUAUUGCCGUUAAUGAAGGUGUGUUACGUGACCCUAGCAAAGUGGCAUUCGUGCGUAGAGUUUUCGAACAAGGAUUGGAAAAUUUUCACAACGUUGAUAACAACUUUGGAAGCAAACUAAAAUGCCUCUGGAUUAGCUUUGAAGCUAAGGUUGCACGUGCAUGUGCAGCCAGAGGGCAAGAGGAAACCGCAGCGUAUGCUCGUCGUUUAAGUCAGAACUUAGCUCAGCAUUCUGCCAACGGCGAUACUGAUUUUGAUGCUCUUCAUGCCUACGCUAAGUUAGAGCUUGUUUUGGGAAAUGAGCGUCAAGUACGACGGAUUUGUGAGAAUACACUCAUAUUACUUGGGGCUCAAGCUUUGGACAUAACAUCGUCGGCCAGAACUACGCAUCGCUUUGUUUUUCUUCAGACGCGGCUAGAGAUGUGGCCUACCUCUAGUGUUCAAAAUAGUAUUCGUGAUCACGUAGACCACCGGAUGCUCCGAUGUUUGUACAAAUUGUGGAAUGUGUGGCAACCAGCACAAGUAGACUGCAACGAGAAAAAAGCGCUGGAGAUGGUAGCUACAAAACGCCGGCAACCGAGUCGAAAAUACUUGCAAAAGCUUCUAAUGUCCGAUCCAUCGACAGGAAGAAAUCUCAUUGCUAGAUAUCGAGCGGAGCUCAGGUUUGCAGUCCAGCAUUGCGCUGCAUUGACUUCAGCAAACCAUGAGUGUGGCAAGGAAAUGCAUACAUCGCAUAGUCUAUCCUGCUGCUGGGCUGGUUACUGCUUGCACAACUUGGCUCUAGUCGUUUACGCCUAUAACGGAUUUGAUGCAGCUUGUCGAGAGUAUUGCGAGGCAUUAGCUAAUGCGGAGCAUCGAGCGUGCUCGCAGGAAGCUUGGGCGUGGACUUGCUUUCUGGAAUUCAUUCAGCAGCACCAAGUUUCAGGCUUGUUCCCCACAGUUGCGCCCCGUAUAUGGCGUACAUCAGUUAGUGACGCAGUGAAGAACUUUCCGUUUAACGAAUUAUUUCUUCGGCUUUUUGUCGACUCCGAGAUGGGCAACACUAUUUCACAGGUCCAUCGGACCUACUUUCUGCGGGUAGAAAAACGCUGGCGACGGCAUUAUGAUUCGCCUAGACUGGUAGAGUGGUUAUUUGCAUUACUUUGUGAGUUCUGCCGCAUCGAACGAGCCGCGACAAUCAAGGAAUCAUCCGAGAAUGAAGACAAAAAGACCCGCCCAUCAUGCUGUCUGUUUCAUCACUGGCGUAUGAACACAACUGCAGUGAAUCGUAUCCGUCAUAUAUUCGAAAGCAUGGUGAUUCAGAUUCAAACGAGAGGCAGUGCGCUCUGUUGGGGGCUGUAUAUGCGCUUUGAGGUUGCGCUGGGAAAGGUAGAUGCGGCAAAAAAGGUCUUGUAUCGUGGGAUUGCAGCCUGUGCAUGGAGCAAGGCACUUUACAUGGAUGGGUUACGCGUGAUGCGUGCGUAUAUGAGUGAAGAUGAAUGUCAAGAACUUCUCAAUUUCAUGGAGGCGAAGGAGCUAAACGUUCGCGUUGACACCGAACAAAUAAACGAAAUUUAG